AUGUACGGUGCGCCUCAUAUGUACGGCGCGCUUCAUAUGUACGGUGCGCCUCAUAUUUGUUGCGCGCCUCAUAUGAAACGGUGCGCCUCAUAUUUGUUGCGCGCCUCAUAUUUGUUGCGCGCCUCAUAUGUACGGGGCGCUUCAUAUGUACGGUGCACCUCAUAUGUACGGCGCGCCUCAUAUUUACGAAUUGCGCCUCAUAUUUGUUGCGCGCCUCAUAUGUACGGCGCGAGGAAAUAUGUACGCUGCGCCUCAUAUUUGUUGCGCGCCUCAUAUGUACGGUGCGUCUCAUAUGUACGGCGCGCCUCAUAUGUACGGUGCGCCUCAUAUGUACGGUGCGCCUCAUAUGUACGGUGCGCCUCAUAUGUACGGUGCGCCUCAUAUGUACGGUGCGCCUCAUAUUUGUUGCGCGCCUCAUAUGUACGGUGCGCCUCAUAUGUACGGUGCGCCUCAUCUGUACGGCGCGCCUCAUAUGUACGGUGCGCCUCAUAUGUACGGCGCGCUUCAUAUGUACGGUGCGCCUCAUAUUUGUUGCGCGCCUCAUAUGUACGGUGCGCCUCAUAUUUGUUGCGCGCCUCAUAUGUACGGGGGCUCCUCAAAUGUACGGUGCACCUCAUAUGUAACGGCGCGCCUCAUAUUUACGGUGCGCAAAAUAUGUACGGAAGUGUAAAAUAUGUAAUGGUGCGCCUCAUAUUUGUUGCGCGCCUCAUAUGUACGGCGCGCCUCAUAAAAACGCUGCGCCUCAUAUUUGUUGCGCGCCUCAUAUGUACGGUGCGUCUCUUAUGUACGGCGCGCCUCAUAUGUACGGUGCGUCUCAUAUGUUUAAAAAUAUGUACGGUGCGCCUCAUAUUUGUUGCGUGCCUCAUAUGUACGGUGCGCCUCAUAUGUACGGUGCGCCUCAUAUUUGUUGCGCGCCUCAUAUGUACGGUGCGCCUCAUAUGUACGGUGCGCCUCAUAUUUGUUACGCGCCUCAUAUGUGCGGCGCGCCUCAUAUGUACGGUGCGCCUCAUAUUUGUUGCGCGCCUCAUAUGUACGGUGCGCCUCAUAUGUGCGGCGCGCCUCAUAUGUGCGGUGCGCUUCAUAUGUGCGACGGAAGAGGAUAGCAGGUGA